AUGGUCUCCCUCAGCUGUGGCUACAAGUGUUUGCAAUGCAUGUUAGUCGUCUUCAAUGUGGUUGUCAUCUGUUGUGGAAUUGCGUUGAUAGUUGUUGGUAGCAUCGCCCAAGUCCAGCUGAAGACAUACUUAACCAGCGAAGAUGCUCAGCUUAUGGCCUUCGUCAUCUUUAUAAUAGCUUUCGGAUGUUUCCUAACUGUUGUCGGAAGCUUUGGCUUUUGUGGAGCUUGCAAAAAGAAUGUCUGUUGCCUCACAAUGUAUAUAAUCUUCCUGGUGAUAUUCAUUCUUGGUGGUGUAGCAGCUGGAAUAGCUGGAUUUGUUCUGAAGGACCAUGUACGUUGUGAAUUAUUUUGCAUCUUGGUGAAAGAAUAUGUAGACAAGGUUUUAACACAAACUUACAAGACGUACAAUGAGGAGGUUUCUAAGAAAUUGAUUGAUCUGAUCCAGAAGGAUCUAGGGUGUUGUGGACCAGAUGGCACAUGGCCGCCGGGUUUGGGACAAGUACCUGAUUCAUGUCGUGAUUCUAGUGGCCUACAAUACACACAGGGAUGUAGCGCUGCACUGGAUAAAUUCAUCGAAAAGAAUAUCCUUGCGGUAGCGUUGUGCGUCUUUUUGUUUGCUCUGUUGCAAAUUCUCGCACUUGUUUUUGCGGUUUGUGUGUGCAAGGCGAUUCAACGCGGUGAAGAUGCAUAAAUGGAAAGAAAUUGACUCGAUUUAUCUCCGAACUUCAUAACCAUUUUUCUGUACAUCUUUGGACACGUUACUGGACGUGACCAGGUUUUGGUGAAUUUUUACUUUAACCUUUUCAAGUUUGCAAUCGUUUCUGGAGCACGUUAUUCGUCUAAAAUAGAACAAUUAAAAAAUAUCUGGAA